CCCAUCUCUGUAGGAUCUAUCGAGCCCAUUGGGUUUCCAAAUCUCGGGUAAUAGAACUGAAAUGAUGAAAGAGCGAGUUAAGAUACAACUAUCGAGAAGAUCGGAAGGCGAAGAUGCGUUACUGAUCUGUUUUCUUUGAGCAGCGCCUCUGUAUGUGACAUCCAAAUGCGCACCGCACACGCAACAGCAGCUGAAAUCCAGCUAAGACGGUGCGGGGCAGAUUUACGAGAUCGCGUGAUCUAUUUUACACCCAAAUCCCACCAACUGCACUGUCUGAUCUGUGCAGGAUCUCAUGGGAGGUGUACAUUCUGUAAGACCUGUGUGCGUCUUUAUCCCCUGGCUUUAUGACCAAGCUUGGAAUGACUUUUCUUUUGCGUAAAACCAGUUUUACAGCCAGGCAACCCCUCCUCCCUCACCCCAUCUCUUUUUGUUUAAGCCCACUCAAAUAUUCAUUAGACUAGCACUUAUUGAUCCGGCUUUGAAACCCAACUGAUUUCAACGUAACUCAUUCAGUCAGUUUUACCUUUUGGUAUUUAUUUGUUUUUUACUGUACAUUUGCAUUAGUGUUAGCGUCCUGCAAAGUCUGUAGUUCGUUAGGAAGUAGAGCCACUGUUGCGCGGAGGGAGGGAAGAUCUGUGCAGUCAAACAGAAGAAGCUGGAGAGGAAGAAAAGUAGGAAACCACCGCAGUCAUGCCCCGGAGUCUCAUUCAGCACCACUCGCUGGUGGACAGCGUCUGAGCGGCAGAGUUGACGGAGAAUCAGAAGAUCUUCUCAAACAUCUAAUCCGGAGAGAUACUUGCAGGCAUCAGAUUGUGUAGAAAGAGAGAAAAAAAACCCCGCAUUUCCCUUUCCACUUCCCACCUCUCUUUCUGUUGUUUUCCCUAUCGUAAUCUGUGGGGGUUCACGAUGCAACAUUCAAACAGCGGGGGAGUCCAGAGCUGCUGACUGGAACUGGCUGGCAAAGACGCAAGAGGAAGAGGGGGAACCAAGCGGGAAAGGAGCACACAUUGCAGAACUUCUUUCUUCUCUACUUUCAGCUCACUUCAGCCAAGGGGGCUGAAAGGAACCCAAAGUGGACGCCACUGUGACAUUCUAUCAGCUUGGCACACCAAGAAGAAAGCCAAACAUAAUUGUGUGCUCCGGGAAAAACCAGAGAAGAGAGGCAAGCUUCCCAUCUUUGUUCUUGCCUUAUGAGAGCAGUCUCUGUAGACUCUGCUUCAGCACACUCUGUACUGUUUAGUUGCUGCAUGCAUCCUCCACUCUCAGGUGCAAGCAAGGACUAAAACACAAAGAGAGAAGAAAAGAAAGUAGAUAAACAGAGCGAAACGGCAUAAUUAGAGCUACUGACUUUGUGUCAAAGCAAGAAACCAUGAGAAGAGACUUUUGAAGACAACUGCACUCUGAAAAGCAUUGCAACUAACCUCCAGGACAUUUUUAUGUGUGUGUGGGAUAUAUGUAUGAACGCCUCUGUCAUUUUCAAAGGAAUUGAAUUUGUAUUUGAAUGCAGAUUUAGCCUUUCAUUAUGACUCUACAAGGAGGCUUUGGGACACUGUGGAACGGUUUCCACAGAAGGGUUUUCAGCUGGCUCUUACUUCUUUGUUGUUGUCGUUUGAUCACCUCAGCAGCUAAGCCCAAAAUGCCAGGCCACACACACCUCAACUCAAUACGCAUCGAUGGAGACAUAUCUCUGGGUGGACUUUUCCCUGUCCAUGCAAGAGGGAAUGAUGGCAAAGCCUGCGGAGAGCUAAAGAAGGAGAAAGGGAUCCAUAGGCUGGAGGCCAUGUUGUUUGCCCUGGAUCGUAUUAAUAACGACAAUGAGCUGCUGCCUAAUAUUACUCUGGGGGCCCGCAUCCUUGACACGUGCUCUCGGGACACCCAUGCUCUGGAACAGUCGCUGACAUUUGUCCAAGCAUUGAUUGAGAAGGACUCAACCGAUGUGAAGUGUCUCAGCGGAGGGCCACCCAUCAUCACCAAGCCAGAGAGAGUGGUUGGAGUGAUUGGUGCCUCCGCCAGCUCUGUGUCAAUCAUGGUAGCCAACAUUUUGCGGCUAUUUAAGAUCCCUCAAGUGAGUUAUGCUUCUACAGCCCCGGAACUGAGUGAUAACACACGCUAUGACUUCUUCUCCCGUGUGGUGCCCCCAGACACCUACCAGGCUCAGGCUAUGGUUGACAUCGUCAAAGCCAUGCGCUGGAAUUAUGUCUCCACUGUAGCUUCAGAGGGAAACUAUGGAGAAAGUGGUGUUGACGCAUUUAUUCAAAAAUCUAGAGAGGAUGGCGGAUUGUGCAUAUCCCAGUCAGUGAAAAUUCCACGUGAACCAAGAGUUGGAGAGUUCGACAAGAUCAUUCACCGGCUAAGUGAGAACACCAAUGCUCGAGUGGUUAUUAUCUUUGCCAAUGAGGACGACAUCAGGCGCCUACUUCAAGCAGCUAAAAGAGCCAAUCAAACAGGUCAUUUCAUCUGGGUAGGUUCAGAUAGCUGGGGUUCCAAAAGUGCUCCAAUCCUGAACCAAGAGGAAAUGGCAGAAGGUGCUGUUACCAUCCUACCAAAACGACAGUCCAUUAAAGGUUUUGAUCGGUACUUCAUCAGCAGAACAUUAGAGAACAACAGACGGAAUAUCUGGUUUGCAGAGUUUUGGGAGAACAACUUCCAGUGCAAGCUUAGUCGACAUGCUGUGAAGAAAGGAUCUGGCAUCAAAAAGUGUACAAAUCACGAGCGGAUUGGAAAAGAUUCAUCCUACGAACAGGAGGGGAAGGUCCAAUUCGUUAUAGAUGCUGUAUAUGCCAUGGCUCAUGCUCUCCAUAAUAUGCACAAAGACCUCUGUCCUGGAAAAGUUGGCCUCUGUCCCAAAAUGGACACCAUCAAUGGCACGCUACUUCUCAAGUAUAUUCGCAAUGUUAACUUUACAGGAAUUGCUGGCACCCCUGUGGUCUUCAAUGUGAAUGGAGACGCUCCUGGUCGCUAUGAAAUCUACCAAUACCAGAUCAGCAGCAACAACACAGGAUACAAGAUCAUUGGGCACUGGACAGAUCAGCUCCACCUCAAUACUGAUGAGAUGCAAUGGCCAGGUGGAACUCAAGAAGUCCCAUCCUCCAUCUGCAGCCAGCCAUGCCGUCCUGGGCAGCGUAAGAAGACAGUGAAGGGGAUUCCCUGUUGUUGGCACUGCGAGAGUUGUGAUGGUUAUCAGUAUCAGGCAGACACUUACACCUGCAAGAUGUGCCGAUUUGAUUUGCGGCCCAAUGAGAACCACACUGGAUGUGUUCCUAUUCCCAUUGUCAAGCUGGAGUGGAGCUCUCCUUGGGCAGUCAUUCCUGUUUUGAUUGCAGUACUGGGCAUCAUAGCCACUUUGCUAGUGGUUGCUACGUUUGUUCGGUACAAUGACACUCCCAUUGUGAAGGCAUCAGGUCGAGAACUGAGUUAUGUUCUGUUGACGGGUAUCUUUUUGUGUUAUGCCACAACUUUCCUCAUGAUCUCCACCCCGGAUGUCUUUGUAUGCUCACUGCGCAGGAUUUUUCUUGGGCUGGGCAUGAGUAUAAGCUAUGCAGCACUGCUAACCAAGACAAAUCGGAUCUACAGGAUUUUUGAGCAGGGCAAGAUGUCUGUCAGUGCUCCUCGAUUCAUCUCUCCAGCCUCUCAGUUAGUCAUCACGUUCAGCUUGAUAUCGGUGCAGCUUCUCGGAGUUUGCAUCUGGUUCGGGGUCGAUCCUUCACAAGCCAUCAUCGACUAUGAGGACCAGCGUACAUCCAAUCCUGAAAUGUCCAGAGGUGUACUAAAGUGUGACAUAUCAGAUCUGUCUCUCAUCUGUCUGCUGGGUUAUAGCAUGCUUCUGAUGGUCACCUGCACAGUUUAUGCAAUCAAAACGAGAGGAGUUCCUGAGACAUUCAACGAGGCCAAGCCCAUUGGCUUCACCAUGUACACCACCUGCAUUGUUUGGCUGGCCUUCAUCCCCAUCUUUUUUGGAACUUCACAGUCAACAGAAAAGAUGUAUAUCCAGACAACAACCCUGACAAUCUCUGUCAGCCUCAGUGCAUCGGUUUCCCUGGGAAUGCUCUACAUGCCAAAGGUCUAUGUGGUUCUCUUUCAUCCAGAGCAGAAUGUGCCCAAGCGCAAGCGCAGCCUGAAGGCCGUGGUCACUGCAGCCACCAUGUCGAACAAGUUCAACCCCAAAGGAGGCCUGAGGCCAAAUGGAGAGGCCAAGUCUGAACUCUGUGAAAGUCUGGAAACACAAGACUGUAUUGAGGGAGGGGACCCUUGUGAGGGACUUUAGACUCCCAGUGCUGGCCUCGAAGCAGACAUACAUAAGUUACAGCAAUCAUGCCAUCUAAGACGGAGACAAAUCCUGAGACAGGAGCAAAGGUCUGCAGGGGGAGGAAUCACCUGUUUUUAAGGGAUAACUGGAAUUUUGAUGGAGAACUUUGAUGCUGCUGCAAAACAAAGGACUGGGAAAGAUUCAUGGAAAUUACUCACUCAAAAAAGGAUGCCAUAUUUUUCUAGGGAAUAAGGCUUGAAUGCCAGAUUAAUAUUAAAUCAGUAUAUUGCAGAAUUGAGAUGGAGGAUGUAAGAGAGCUUAAAUAGAUAGGAACUCUCCUUCUCCGACUCUUUUUGAGACAUGAGAGAGCUGAUUAUUGACGUUUUUGAAUCACGCUGAGAAGAACACCUGGAGUUUGUAGUAUGUUUUUUUUCUUCUGGAGUGUAUAGCACAGAAAUCAUCAGUUCUCUAUUAGGCUGAACCAUGUCAUUUUUGCAAAAUAAGAGAGUAUUCUGUUGGGUUUUUUUUUUCUCUUUUUUUUUUUUUACUCAAACGCAGUUGACAAGAUGAACCAUUAUAGAAACAUAGUAUUUUCAUUUACAGUGGAGUUGAAAGCUGCAGUUCUCUUCAUGCUGUACAUGCCUUACUACAGCACACUCAGUAUUCCUUCAUGAACUAACCACAUGUGAAAGACAUGAAAAUAAAUCAGUGGGUCAGCCCAGUUGUCUGGUAAAAUGUUCAUAAUGACAAUGAUGACAUCGUCACAAUCAUCUUGGGAAACCUCCUGUACAGUCCCAGAGCAUGCUAAUGGGAACAUCCCGUGUACCGUGCUGUGUUUUCAGUGUCUUUGGAAUGCAACAUUGUCACAUUUGUCAUUCAGGCGAAGAUGUUAAUUUGAGCCGUUGCCUGUUCGGCAACCCUCUGCUGGACAAAAGAGCAAUCAUACACAAAAAGAGGCACAACGGCAUUGCAAUCUGAUUUUUUAACAUCAGUCUCCACUCCAUACAUGUCAGCAGACUUGAUAAUGCAUAUUUUCAACAUAAACAAAAUGGUCCUUAUUUAUCUUGCACUGACAGAACCCGUAGGAAAGUCUUGGAAUUAUCUGAUAGUUCAGAUUUUACCUCAGCCAACACUCAUUGUUUUUGACAGAACCGGGUUAUUAGGAUGGAGUCUAUUCCUCUUUGUGUUUCUUCCGAUGUUGAAGACGCAGUGCAGAAUUUUGCCCUGCGUUUAGAAAUAUUAAUUCACUCUUAUCUCAGUGAAACAGAAAUAGUACAUUAUAGACAGCCAACAGUAUUUGCACCUAAAUGCAGGGUUUAACAAAAUGGUUGGUUUGUAAUGAUAAGAAACCUCAACAUAUCAGUGUUUUGCACAUGUUUUAAAAUGUAAACCUAGCGAUGGGUAAUAAGCAGGAGACUGAAUACAUAGGGCAUCAUUAAAUAGUUUGCAGUUUUUGUUUUGUCACAUAACAUUUUGCUGUCUUUCUUGUUUUUGAUAUCAUCUGUGAUCAGUGAGGUCUUCAUUAGCAUUUCUAGAGGCAAGUAUGGUUUACAUAAGCUGGAAAAUUUAGAGUAAUUGAGAUAUUUCAUCCAGAAAAAUGAGAAUGUUAAAGUAGACUAGUAAAGAAGUUGGUGAUGGACAAUUUUCCUUUCAGCUGGUUCAGGUUGUUCGGACAGAAAACAAACUGGCUCAGUUUUCAUAGCCUCCUUUUCUUAAACUAAAGAUGAACCAGGAUGAGGAAAACAUCCUUUCAUCAAGCACAAUCUUGCUGCUUGCAAAAGUUUACAUACACAUUGAACUUUUCCAAAUUGUAUCAUGUUAUCAUGAAUUUUAUGUAAUAGUUUUAAACCAACAGAAAAAAAGUGCAUGUUUGUUAAUAGAAUAAAAAUUAAAUGUGAUUUUCUAAUUAUUUUUACAAACACAAAAUAUAGUCAAUGCCUUUUAGAACUCUGGGUCUUUUUCUGCCAUGUGUCGCCACCAGCUGUGCACAUCUUUUAUGUAAAUACACUGAUUAUUCUUUGCAAAAUGCAGAACUUCAAAUUCAGUUGUAUUUCAUGAAAAGUGUCUGUGAACAUAAAUAUUCAAGUCUGAAGACUCUCUGUCCCAGUUCCAAGUCUCUUCCAGAUUUUUUUUUUCUAGGUUUUGUCUUGCAUUGAGCUCCAUUCUCUCUCCCCUUCGUUGAUUUUCUUAAGAAGGCAUGGUGCUGCAAUUACUGUUUCAUGGUGGAUAUCGUGAGAUAUACAGAUCAGAAAGUUCACAUCUGUGUGCUAAAACUUAAUAACACACAAGGGGAAUCAAUUUAAUAAUUAGAUUACUUGUGAAGACACUCGCUUCACAAUAUUCUAUUUAAGGAUGUCAGAAAAAAGGCAGCUCGUUGUAAAUGUAAAAAAUUAAGAAAAGGAAAAAGGCUGAUUCCCCUAAUUAAAUGUCACUCUUAGUUGCCAUCUGUGACCUAUACUCAAACAGGAAUUCUUGCAAGAAUGAGAACAGCAAGGAGACAUAUGUGAUAAGCUUAGUGCCCUUUCAGUAUGAUCUGCUCUAACUAGACAGAGUGACUAUCUGACUAUGCGAGUCUUAUCACUGAUGUUUGUCACAGAAGGUCUGGAACCAGCAUUUCUGGCUCAGCACUGUAACUCUUAAUUGGGAAGACCUAACCUUCAAUGUAGCGAAACUGUCCAUCUUUAUCUCUAUACCCUCCCAAAGAUCCAUCUGUGUGAAAAUGCAAUGAAUCUUCCAAAAGUCCAACCAACAACUGCAAGAGGAAAAGUGAGUAGACUUUUGUUUCAGGUUAUACAAACAAUUAAGGAGAAAAUGUCUAAAUUUCAUCUAACACUUGUUUUAAUUUAACUGAGCAAAUAGGUAUGAGCCUUUAGUUUGGAUAGUUACUGCAAGGACAACUGUCUUACAGCUGGCAACAAGUUGUUUCAUCCCAGCUGAUGUAAUGAGAAGCUUCUCAUUUCUAACAACAACUAUGUGGAAAGACAUCCUGUGGAAAGGUUAUUAGUCUAUACAAUAUCUAAAGAAACUGCAGAAGCUAAUAAGAUUGGAUUGAGUACUGACUAACGCACAGGUGUCAAACUCCAGUCCUCAAGGGCUGGUGUCCUGCAGUUUUUAGAUGUGCCACAGGUACAAAACACUGGAAUGAAAUGGCUUAAUUACCUCCUCCUUGUGUAGAUCAGUUCUCUAGAGCCUUGCCAAUGACCUAAUUAUUCUAUUCAGGUGUGGUGCAGUAGAGGCACAUCUAAAAGUUGCAGGACAGCGGCCCUUGAGGACUGGAAUUUGACACCCUUGGUCUAACGCAUUACAAAAAAAAAAAACUGGAGGUAUAGUGGGGAACCGUUGUCUUUGAGGAUGAAACGUGGUCAGAAAAAACCCCUGAAUGUUUAAGUAAUUGGUGAUCACAAACAUUUGGUAACAUCCAAUCGAAGAAGAACAGUAGUUGAACUCAGGGGUAUAGUAGUGUAAGUAAGAGCAUUUCCACAACCGUAAUGUGAAGGAAACCCAACGGACUGGGACAGAACAGAUGUAGGGGCAUAAACAAACCACUAGUGUCUAACUGAGAAAAAUGCCACACUUUGCAAAGGAGGAUAAAAAUGAUCAGAUUAAUCCAGAUUUGCCAUUUUCCAGUAAUGGGCACAUCAGGGUAAGAAAAGAGGCAGAUGAAGUGAUGCACCUCUCAAGCCUAGUGUUUACUAUACAAGUUUGUGGGGGUGUACAAGAGCUCAAAUCUGGGGUUGAUGUAGUUGGUUAGCUCCAGGUUCAGUAACAUAAUGAGGUCGGACGACUAUUUGAAUAUGCUGUAUGACCAGGUAAUUCCAUUAAUAGAUUGUUUCUUCCCUGAUUACAUUGGAACAUUCCAAGAUGACGAUGCCAAGAUUCGUCAGGCUGAAACUGUAAAUGAGUGGUUUAGGGAGCAUCAGAGAUGAUUUUUACACGUAGACCUGCCUCCACAAAGACCAAACCUUAACACCAUUGAGAAUCUUUGUGAAGUUCUGGAGAAGGCUUUGCACACACACCACACGUUUUGAAUUUGUUUGGUGUACAAACAUACAUUCCUUUUUCUUUUACUUCACAAUUAUAUGUUCAUGUUGGUCCAUCAGAUAAAGCUCAGUAAAAUAUAUUAGAAAUUUUGGUUGCAACAUGCCAAAAUGUGAUAAAGUUAAAGGUAUGUAAAUGUUUGCAAGACAAAGUAGAUACAAUAAUAGCAGCCCGCCUGUGUUGUAUUGUAGAAUCCACCGGAGUCCUGGGGUCUCUAAUAUGCAUUUGAGAGCUAUUUGUAUGCCUUUCUGCCAUCUGGCAAUCACAAAUAAAUAAAAUAUACUAAUAAUAGUUUCAGGAAGUAAAUGUUAUUUCUGCUUGAUAAAUAAGGGCCAGUGCCUUCAUCCUGUGCCUCCUGCCAACUACUUCUGCCAUUCUAUUUUCACUGUUGUGUUCAGUGUGUUCUGUUCAAGCGUAAUUCAGAACUGAACGUGUACAAUUUAUAGUUAUGUGCAAACUGCAUUCCUGUCUUCAGUCUGAAGUAUUGGUCAUAAAUAGUAAAUCUGGAAUUUGUUUCAUUAAAUGUUAUCCUCAGCAAUGCAAAAGUCUGUAUGUUGCAUGUCAGAACUCAUAUGUCACAAGAACAGUUUGAGAGAAAAGCAUAGUGUUCAACAGGAAAACUGCUGCAGGUGGUUAUAAAAAUCUAAGAAUUUCAAUAACUGAUUUACUCAGCUUCAACAAGUCUACAAUAAUGCAGCAAUGGUUUUCUCAUUAUUUGAUUGAGUAUUGUUUGUGGGAUUGUUUGUGUUUGUGAAUAUCAAUAAUUUACUGUUUUUUGCCACAGAUCCUUUUUUCUACAACACUGUGUGUGUUGCAAAAAUAGAAUAUGUAAGUGCUGAUUGAAGUUAAAUGGUAAGUUAAUGUAUGUUAUUAAAAUGGAUUGAUCAUGUCUGCUUUAUGUACUGACAUAUUAAAAAAUAUUAAAAAGUUACAGUGCCUGAAUAUUUAUGAAUUAUCUAUAUGAAAAGAAAAAUCUAAAUGUGUGAAGCAUGUUCAUUUUUAUACAAUAUGUUUCUAAUAAAAGAUUGUUUUGCUAA